CUCACAGCCACAGCCACAGCCAAGCUUUCAAGCCCCAGAGUUCUCAACAGGGAGACACACACAUAUUCUGGGUCCACGAUGGCGUCCAGCUACUCGGUGCGCAGCUUCUCCGUGGGCCGCCAGCCCUCCUUCUCCUCCCUCUCUCUGCGCGACAGCGGCCGCAAGCGCUCCGUGGCCGCCUCCGUCUCCUUCUCCUCGCCGCUGGCGCGCUCCUCCUCCGUGAGCCACGACCUCAACCUGAACUCGCUGACGCUGACGCACAACAACGGCCUGGGCAACAGCACCAACGAGAAGGAGGCCAUGCAGAGCCUCAACAACCGGCUGGCCAGCUACCUGGACAAGGUGCGCACGCUGGAGCGCUCCAACGCCGACCUGGAGCUGAAGAUCAAGAAGCUGAUGAUCGAGAGGGUGCCCAAGGGACACGAUAUAGACAGCAUGAUGGCCCAGGCACACGCCUUGGAACAAGAGCUGAGGAAGAAGACCCUGGAGAAUGCUCGGCUCAUGCUGGAGAUAGACAACGCCAAGCUGGCCGCAGAUGACUUCAGGAUCAAGUGGGAGGCUGAGAGUGCGAUGACCCAGUCUGUGGAGAGGGACUGUGUGGCCCUGAAGAAGGCCAAGUCAGAUCACGACCAGAUCAACGCCAGCCUGAGGGGAGACCUGGACAGCCUGAAGGAGGAACUCUACUUCCUCAAGAAGAACCAUGAGGAGGAAAUGGAUACCUGGAGGUCUCGCAUUGCGCGUGAGGAGGUGAACGUGGAGGUGGAUGCGGCGCGUGGGCCGGAGCUGGGGGCCGUCCUGUCGGACCUCAGGAACCAGUACGAGGGCAUCGUCUCAAAGAACAAGGAGCAGGCCGAACAGUGGUACCGCAAGAAGCACCUCAUGGGUCAGCAGAGGUAUGGCAAGACGGUUGGUUAUAAGACGCUGGAGAAUGUGCAGAAUGAGGUGAGGGAGAGCAACGAGGCCCUGCGGAGCGCCCAGAACGAGCUCAGCGAGCGCCAACGCUUCCUGCAGACCCUGGAGGUGGAGCUGGAGAGCCUGCACAAACAGCUGGCGACCCUGGAGGGUAACCUGGGUGAGACGGGUCAGAAGUAUGCGCUGGAGAUGGAGCGUCUGCAGGCCACGCUGUCGCAGCUGGAGGACGACCUGUCGCAGCUGCGCCUCGACAUGCAGCGCAACAAGACGGACUACGAGCAGCUGCUGCGCAUCAAGCAGAACCUGGAGAUGGAGAUCGCCACCUACAGGAGGCUGCUGGAAGGAGAGGAAGGGAUGAAAGAGGUCCCUCCUCCACCAAAAAAGGAGCCUGACGUUCGAACCAGGAAGAUCGUGAAGGUGGUGACCCAGACCAUGAUCAAUGGGAAAGUGGUGGACGAGUCCAGUGAAGUCGAACAGAUUGAGGAAACCAAGAAAUGAGACUGUCUGUCCGUUAGAGCCUAGUUUCUUGCCCCUUUGUCAAAUAAAUAGAUAUUUACAGUGUAGGGCCCAUAUUGUAAGACACACACAC